GCUGUGGGUGGCCCGCUGGUGACUUGUGCUGUCCCCAGGGCAACGGGACGCCGCCGCCGCCACGCUACAGUUAAUGGGAGCUGAUUGGAGCGGGCAGCGAUUGAACUAGUCGCUUGGGUAGCAAGUGGGGGGCCGUCGGCGGGGCUGAGUGAGUUGGCCGGAGCAGGUGAGUUGCCAAGUGGCACAUCCAAAAGCUGAAGGGGCAAGAAGAGCAGCAGAUAGGGGAGCGGCAAAGACUUCCCGAAAGAAGUCGGGAGGAGGCCGCUGAGAAGCCCCGCAAGAGAGCCCCCCGAGAGUCUCUCAAGUGCUUGAAGAAGGACGGGCAGAAACCACUUCGAGGCUCAGAAGACGCCGUUUGUGGAAGCCUCUGCGGCUCGCUCAGUGGGCACCCCGCCUCCGCCAGCCCCUCGGGAAACAUUGGCCUGGAGAUGGAGGACGAAGACGAGGAGACGGUGGAGGAGGAAAGUUUCUUGGAGGACGCCAGGGUCCAGUUCGUGGGCCAGCGUUUGGCGCGCUUGCUGAAGCUCAAAGAAGACAAAUGGAGCAGAUUUCUGGAGGAGCAGGAGGAGAACCAGAAGCUUCUGGCUGACUUUUUUGAGAACAGCGAGUCCUCUUUCCUGGCUUUCUACCUCCCUCUGGCCGGAGGAUUGGCUGCUGGGAUGGAGAUACCCAGCAGUAUAAAACAUAAAAUACUUUACAUUAUGAAGACUACAAAAUGCAUUGGAACAGAAAACUACAAAGAAAAUCUCAAAUUUGCAGAAUUGUCUGGAGCACCCAUGGAACAUGCAAUGAUUUUCUUAGAAGAGGUUGUACUGCCUAUUCUUUUCAAUAAGAAAAAUCAUGGAUCCUGGCCACAUUUUAUUUCACAGGACAUGGAACGGCAUAUAGAAAUCAUGAAAAAUAAGACCUAUGUCAUGGGUGGAAUUAUGUCAGGGAGAACUCUACUUCCCAUUCCGACGAUUGCAACAGAGAGUGACUUGCACGAGAUGAGUACUGAAAAUAAGCAAGAUUCUUACACAAAAUCAGUAAUUCAUGCCGUAGAAUCUAUGGUUAUCAAGUGGUCGCAUCAAAUACGAGACAUUGUGGAAAGGAAUUCAGCUCAAACUCUUCUUUAUGGCUUUCACCCGGAUCCUCAGACUGAGCUCACGUUUUGGAAGGAAAGAAAAGAUGAUCUGUUGUGUAUGUAUGACCAGCUUCAGAGUCCUCCUGUUCAGAAAAUGAUUAGGAUCUUAAAAGCCAAGCGGAGCAGCUAUUAUCCUAUUUUUCAAGACAUUUACAAGGAGGUAGAAAAUGCUCUUGUUGAAGCCCAGGAUAUUGAACUAUACCUAAAACCUCUGCAGAGUCAAAUUCAGAGUCUUCAGGAGACAGAAUUUCCAAAGAUACAUAUUUUAAUCCCCCCUUUGUUCCACACCAUCUGUUUGAUCUGGAGUCACUCCAAGUUUUACAGCACGCCAGCACGAAUCAUAGUUUUAUUACAAGAAUUCUGCAAUCUGUUCAUUGACCAGGCUAUAUCAUACCUAUCAGCAGAAGAUCUUAUGAAAAGAGAAACUGAAGAAAGUUUGGAACAAGUGCAAGUUGCUCUUAAUACUUUAAGGAGCGUUAAGGGUGCCUUCUUUAAUCAAAGAAAAAAAAUGUCAACGUAUUUCACUAACAGUCAAGAGUUCAAACCAUGGGAUUUUCAGCCGCAGAUGAUAUUUGCCAGAUCUGAUAUGUUUCUAAAACGCUUAGAAAAAAUAGAGAAUAUUUUUUCUACGAUUCUUGAAUUUGAAAAGCUGGAGAAGCUGGAAUUUGGUGGAAUCAAAGGAAAGGGUUUGAAUGACCAAAUAUACAAGCUGAAUGAAGAAUUUGUUGAGUCUUGUAACAUAUUUAAAGAGAGAACAUCUAGCCCCUUAGAUUACAACAACAUGGAAUUUGAAGAAGACUAUGUCAACUUUAAACACAAAAUUCUGGAGUUUGAAAGACGUCUUGGAUCAAUUUUUUGUGUGGCGUUUCUUGACUGUUCAGGUUUGGAAUCAGCAUUUAAGCUUUUAGCCAUUUUGGGAUAUUUUCUAGAGAAACCUGUUAUUGCAGACAUUUUUUGCCCCAGUUACAAAACUUUACUGCAAAUGUUUGAUGAAGAGCUGGAUAACUGCAAACACUUAUAUGAUGAACACAUUAUGCAGGUAGAAAAAGAGAAUGAAGUAAUAAAUAAAAACAUGCCAUUUACUUCAGGAAACCUUAAAUGGUCCCAAGAAAUUAAAGCUCGUAUACAAUCAUUUUGGUCAAACUUCUCAUUUCUUUCUCAUCCAAUCUUGGAGAGCUCUGAAGCAACUUUAAUCUAUCAGAAAUAUAUAGAGAUGCUGACCUUACUUGACCAGUAUGAAGAUCAGAUCUAUUAUAAAUGGAAAUCCACGGUGGAUGAUGUUUGUCAGUUUAAUUUAGAUCAACCAUUAAUUAAACGCAAUUAUAAAGAUGGCCUUCUUAGUGUAAAUUUUGAUCCCAAGCUGGUGGCUGUUUUAAGGGAUGUGAAAUACCUCUUGCUUUUGGGUCAGUCCGAUAUUCCAGAUUCUGCAUUACAAAUAUAUAAGAAGAGAGUAACUUUUGCUAAGUAUAUAGGAAGCCUUGAGCUUGUUGUCCAGUGGUAUAACAAAGUGAAACAGACUGUCUUGGAAGUAGAGUACCCUCUGAUUGAAAAAGAGCUGAAAACACUAGAUGAGCAGCUAAUGGAAGCAGAAGAAAUAUUCACGUGGCAGGAGGAAAAUUACUGGGAGUACACUGAAUGCAUGAAAGCUACAGUUCAUGACUUGGAGCAGAGACUUCAAAGGUCAAAGGACAAUAUUAAGGUCAUUCAGCAAAUAAUGAAGGGUUGGAUGGAGCAUCCUCUCUUUUCUAGAAAGGACAAUAAAAGGGAAGCUUUGUUGAACUUAGAAGACAAAGAAGAUAGACUUACUAAGAAAUUCAUGUCAUUCCAAGAAGAUGGUUGCAGGAUUCAUAGACUUAUAGAGGAGAACUUAAUGUUCUUUAAAGCAGACCCAGAUUCAGAUUCUUGGAAGAUUUACCUGGAGUUCAUUGAUGAUAUCAUAGCUGAUGGCUUUUUUAAUGCUAUCAUGCAAAAUCUAAAUUUUUUCUUGGAAAACACACAGAAAAAUUUGACACCAGCUCCAUUAUUUCAGGCUCAAAUGAACCUAAGUGCUCCAGAAAUUGAAUUCAAACCUUCAUUGGACAAAGAAGCUGGAGAUGGCUUUUAUGACCUAAUAGAUGAACUUCUAAGUGAUAUUUUUAAAAUGUCUGCCCAGCUGAAAAGAGUAGCAACACAUCUGGAAGUACAACAUUACCAGAAUGAUAUGGACAGUAUGCCACAGCUCUCUGAAACCAGACAAGAGAUUAUGGACAGAGUUGCAGAUGUUAUCACCAAAGCUGUGAACUUCAAAAAUUCUCUUGACACUUAUGCUUACCUAUGGGUGGAUGACAGAACAGAGUUUAUGAAACAAUUUCUGUGCUAUGGUCAUAUGUUACCUACUGAAGAAACAGAGACUCAUGCUGAUGUUGGCACUUCUGAGCAACGCCCAAUGACUGAACAAUUUAAAGAGCAGAUUGACAUCUAUGAGAAUCUUUAUAUUCAGAUGAGCAAAUUUGAAGACUUCAGGAUUUUUGAUGGCUGGCUUAAGGUCGAUAUGAAACCUUUCAAAAUUAGUUUGUUAAACAUCAUUAAGAAGUGGAGUUGGAUGUUCAAGGAAUAUCUUUUGAGAUUUGUCAUAGACAGCCUAGCAGACCUAGAAGAAUUCAUUAAAGUGACAGAUGCUGGACUCCAAAAAGAGUUAAAAGAAGGAGAUUACAAUGGACUCAUAGAUAUUAUGGUUCACCUCCUGGCUGUGAGAGACAGGCAGGCAGCUACUGAUGAGCUUUUUGAGCCUCUAAAAGAUACCAUUAUACUCUUGGAAAGCUAUGGACAGAAGAUGCCAGAUCACAUUUAUAUCCAAGUAGAGGAAUUGCCUGAAAUGUGGAACGCCACCAAAAAACUUGCGGUGUCUAUAAAGCAUGAAGUGGCUCCUCUUCUGACUUCUGAGGUUACCCUUUUCAGAAAAAAAUGUGCUGUGUUUGAUGGAAAGCAGAUAGGAUUCAGAGAAAGAUUUAGAGUGGAUGCUCCCUUUCACUUUGAUGCCAAAACCCCAUAUGCGCUGCUUGAUAAGACAAAUCGGGAGCUGGAGGCACUAGAAGAAGAAAUGUCCCACAUACAGGAAUCUGCCAACCUUUUUGAAGUAGUCAUUCCAGAUUACAAACAAAUGAAACAAUGUCGCAAGGAAAUAAAGUUGCUCAAGGGAGUGUGGGACAUUAACAUUUAUGUUACAGGUAGCAUUAAUGACUGGACGAAAAGCCGCUGGAGAGAGAUUAGUAUGGAACAAAUGGAUGUAGAACUCAGAAGAUUUGCCAAGGAAAUGUGGUCACUGGAUAAAGAAGUUCGCUCCUGGAAUGUAUAUAUAGGUCUGGAAUUAACAAUAAAGAACCUUCUGACAUCACUGAGGGUUAUAACAGAGUUACAGAAUCCAGCAAUGAGAGACAGACACUGGUAUCAGCUGAUGGAUGCAAUAGGUGUUCAUUUUUCAAUAACUGAAGAUACGACGUUAGCAGACCUGCUGGUAUUAAAGCUACAUAAUGUGGAAGAUGAUGUCCGAAACAUUGUUGACAAAGCAGCAAAAGAGCUGGGCACUGAAAAGAUUCUCAUGGAAAUCAGUCAAAUAUGGGCUACCAUGGAAUUCUCUUAUGAAGAGCAUUACAGGACUGGUAUUACUUUGUUGAAAACUGAUGAACAGCUUUUUGAGACUUUAGACAAUAACCAAGUUCAGCUGCAAACAAUUCUACAAAGUAAAUAUGUGGAAUAUUUCAUUGAGCAAGUCCUAAGCUGGCAAAAAAAGCUGAAUAUGGCAGAUUCAGUUAUUUUCAUUUGGAUGGAAGUUCAACGUACAUGGUUUCACCUAGAAAGCAUUUUCAUUGGCUCAAUUGAUAUCAGACACCAGCUUCCUGACGAUGCAAAGAGAUUUGAUGGCAUUGAUGCAGAUUUUAAGGAAUUAAUGACCGAUUCUGGAAAAACAAAAAAUGUACUGGAAGCAACAACCAAGCCUGGUUUAUAUGAAAAACUUGAAGAUUUGCAACUCAGGCUUUCCCUUUGUGAAAAAGCUCUUGCUGAAUACUUAGAAACCAAACGUCUAGCUUUCCCCCGCUUCUAUUUUGUUUCAUCUGCUGAUCUGCUUGAUAUUCUCUCAAAAGGGGCACAACCAAGACAGGUGACUUGUCAUCUUAUUAAACUUUUUGACAACACUGCUGAUCUUAAAUUUCAAGACAACAAUGAGAACUCCAGGAAUACUGCACUAGGGAUGUACAGCAAAGAAAAAGAAUAUGUCCCGUUCAAUACAAACUUUGAAUGUAUUGGUCAGGUGGAAACUUGGUUAAAACGCCUUGAAGACACCAUGUGUGAAACAGUGCGUCAUCACAUCACAGAAGCUAUAGCGGUCUAUGAGGAAAAGCCCAGAGAGCAGUGGAUCUUCGACUACCCUGCUCAAGUAGCACUCACUAGCUCUCAGAUCUGGUGGACUACAGAUGUGGGAAUAGCAUUCAGCAGGCUAGAAGAAGGGUUUGAAACAGCUUUGAAGGAUUAUAAUAAAAAACAGAUAACUCAGCUAAAUGCUCUUAUCUCUCUGUUGUUGGGAGAGCUUACAUUAAGUGACAGACAGAAGAUCAUGACUAUAUGCACAAUAGAUGUUCAUGCACGAGAUGUGGUGGCAAGGCUUGUUGCUCAGAAGGUCACCAGUUCCCAGGCUUUUGCUUGGCUGUCUCAACUACGCCAUAAGUGGGAUGGGAAGCAGAGACAUUGCUUUGCCAGCAUAUGUGAUGCUCAGUUCCAGUAUUUCUAUGAGUACUUGGGAAAUACCCCUCGGCUAGUUAUUACACCUUUGACUGACAGGUGUUACAUCACUCUGACCCAGUCUCUUCACCUAACCAUGAGUGGAGCUCCUGCAGGUCCAGCAGGGACUGGCAAAACAGAGACUACUAAGGAUCUGGGCCAUGCUCUAGGGAUGAUGGUCUAUGUUUUCAAUUGUUCUGAACAGAUGGAUUAUAAGUCCAUAGGAAACAUCUAUAAAGGCUUGGUCCAGACAGGUGCUUGGGGAUGCUUUGAUGAAUUCAAUCGAAUUUCAGUGGAAGUUCUUUCAGUUGUGGCAGUGCAAGUAAAGACUAUCCAUGAUGCCAUAAGAAACAAAAAAAAGCAAUUUUUAUUCCUUGGAGAAAACAUUACAUUGAAGCCAUCAGUUGGAAUAUUCAUUACUAUGAAUCCAGGGUAUGCUGGUCGAACAGAAUUACCUGAAAACCUUAAAGCUCUUUUCAGACCCUGUGCAAUGGUUGUCCCUGACAUAGAACUAAUCUGUGAAAUUAUGCUGGUUGCUGAGGGAUUUGUUGAUGCACGCUUGUUAGCCAGAAAGUUUAUUACCUUAUAUACCCUCUGUAGAGAACUUCUCUCUAAACAGGAUCAUUAUGACUGGGGUCUUCGUGCUGUUAAGUCUGUCUUGGUAGUUGCUGGCUCCCUGAAGCGAGGAGACAAGACAAGACCUGAGGAUCAGGUACUAAUGCGAGCCUUAAGGGACUUCAACUUGCCUAAGAUAGUGACAGAUGAUAUCCCAAUUUUCAUGGGCCUAAUCAGUGACCUGUUUCCAGCUCUGGAUGUUCCGAGGAAGAGGGAUCUGCAAUUUGAACAGAUGGUUAAACAGUCUACCCUGGAGCUUCACUUGCAGCCGGAGGAGAGCUUUAUUCUCAAAGUUGUUCAGCUCGAGGAGCUGCUGGCAGUGCGUCACUCUGUCUUUAUAGUGGGAAACGCAGGCACGGGGAAAAGCCAGAUUUUGAGAACUCUGAACAGGACUUACGUUAAUAUGAAAAAGAAGCCUGUAUGGAAUGAUCUGAAUCCCAAAGCUGUAACUACUGAUGAGCUCUUUGGCUUUAUUCAUCAUGCUACUCGAGAAUGGAAAGAUGGCCUCUUCUCUUUGCUUUUGAGAGAGCAAGCCAGUAUUACCCAUAAUUGGCCCAAAUGGAUCGUCUUAGAUGGGGACAUAGAUCCUAUGUGGAUUGAGUCACUCAAUACUGUUAUGGAUGAUAACAAGGUUCUUACUCUUGCAAGUAAUGAGCGUGUCCCUCUGACUCCAUCAAUGAGACUGCUGUUUGAGAUACACCAUUUAAAAACAGCCACUCCUGCUACAGUGUCUAGAGCAGGUAUUUUAUACGUAAACCCACAGGACCUUGGCUGGAAUCCAUAUGUUGCAAGCUGGAUAGACACAAGGAGCAACCAAUCUGAAAAAGCCAAUUUGACUAUUCUUUUUGAUAAAUAUGUUCCUCCGUGUUUAGAUCAGCUCAAAAUUAACUUUAAAACUAUCACUCCCAUCCCAGAGAAUAGCAUGGUUCAAACCCUUUGUUGUCUCCUCGAUUGCUUGCUGGUCCCUGAAAAUGUGCCUCCUGAUGGUCCUAGAGAUCUGUAUGAGAUAUAUUUUGCCUUUGCCUGUGUGUGGGCAUUUGGUGGGGCCCUCUUUCAAGAUCAGCUUUCCAAUUAUCAAGCUGAAUUCAGUCGCUGGUGGCUGAAAGAGAUGAAAUCUGUGAAGUUUCCAACCCAUGGAACAAUUUUUGAUUAUUAUCUUGAUCCAAAGACUAAGAAAUUCUUUCCCUGGAGUGAUAGAAUUAUCAGUUUUGACAUGGAUCCAGAUACACCCUUGCAGGCAGUCCUUGUUCACACAUCUGAGACCACAUGUCUCAAGUACUUUACAGAUUUGCUCUUGGAGAAGGGCAAGCCUCUGAUGCUUGUUGGAAAUGCUGGAGUGGGGAAAACAGUAUUUAUUGGGGAAUGUCUUGCUGGCCUCUCUGAGGAUUUCCUGGUGUCCAGAGUUCCCUUCAACUAUUACACGACAUCAGCAGCGCUACAGAGGAUUCUCGAACAACCCUUGGAGAAAAAGGCUGGCCGUAACUAUGGUCCAGUGGGAAACAAGAAGUUGGUUUACUUUAUUGAUGAUAUGAAUACUCCUGAAGUGGAUGUGUAUGGAACCAUUCAGCCUCACACACUAAUUCGACAGCAUAUAGAUUAUGGACAUUGGUAUGAUAGACAGAAGUUAAGUGUAAAAGAAAUUCAUAACUGUCAAUAUGUUGCCUGCAUGAAUCCAACUGUUGGAAGCUUCACCAUCAACCCUCGACUCCAGAGACAUUUCACAGUUUUUGCAAUGAACUUUCCAUCCACUGAUGCUCUGAGCACCAUCUAUAGCAAGAUCCUUGAUUUCCAUUUUCAGCAACAUGCCUUUAAUCCAUCAGUGUUAAAACAUGGACCUGCCAUGAUCCAAGCAGCAAUAUGGCUUCACCAGACAAUGGUUCAGAACUUUCUACCCACAGCUAUUAAGUUCCAUUAUAUUUUCAACCUGCGAGACCUCUCCAAUGUUUUCCAGGGUAUUCUGUUUGCCAGACCAGAGUGUCUAAAGCAUCCAAAUGAUCUUGUUCAUUUGUGGCUUCAUGAGUCUUCACGUGUUUAUGGAGAUAAACUGGUGGAAGCAAAAGAUUGUCAUUUCUUUAAUAAAAAAUUGAUAGACACGGCACAUAAAUAUUUUGAGGGUGUGGAAGAUCACAUUCUUCUUCAGCAACCACUUAUUUACUGCCAUUUUGCAAAUGGUGUGGCAGACCCUAACUACAUGCCUGUCAAAGAUUUGGAAGCGCUGAGAAAGAUACUUGUGGAUGUUCUAGAAAACUACAAUGAACUGAAUGCAUCUAUGAACUUAGUUUUGUUUGAGGAUGCCAUACAACAUGUGUGUCGUAUUAAUCGAAUCUUGGAGACCUCUCGUGGUUAUGCACUUUUGAUUGGAGUAGGUGGCAGUGGAAAACAAAGCGUAUCCAGACUGGCUGCAUAUAUUGGCUCCCUUGAAGUGUUUCAGAUUACAUUGAAGAAAAGCUACGGGAUUCCAGACCUCAGAGUAGAUCUUGCCAAUCUGUACAUCAAGACAGGAGCCAAGAACAUUCCCACUGUGUUUUUGCUGACAGAUGCUCAAGUUCCAGAUGAACGCUUUCUUGUGCUGAUUAAUGACUUGUUGGCAUCAGGAGAAGUUCCAGAUCUAUUCAGUGAUGAAGAUGUGGAUGGUAUAAUUGCAGGAAUUAGGAAUGAGAUACGGGGACUUGGUCUUAGUGACACCAGAGAAAACUGCUGGAGGUUCUUUUUAGACCGAGUACGGCUACAGCUAAAAAUCAUUUUGUGUUUCUCUCCUGUCGGUUCCACACUGAGAGUUAGAGCUCGGAAGUUCCCAGCCAUAGUUAACUGCACAGCUAUUGACUGGUUUCAUGAGUGGCCACAGGAGGCCCUGCGGUCCGUCAGCAGGAGGUUCAUUGAGGAGACGCCUGGGAUUAAGCCACAGUUUCAUGAGUCCAUUUGCCAUUUCAUGGCCUAUGCCCACAACAGCGUGAAUGAGAUGAGUGCAAAGUUUCAGCAGAAUGAGAGACGCUACAACUACACAACUCCCAAAAGCUUUCUGGAGCAAAUCACACUUUACAAAAACCUUCUGGAAAAGAAAGUCCAGAAAAUGUACCAGCACAAGGAGCACCUUGUAAAUGGUAUUCAGAAGUUGAAAACAACAGCUUCUCAGGUGGAAGAUUUAAAAUACAAACUUGCUUCUCAAGAGGCAGAACUGCAACUGAGAAAUCAAGAUGCUGAAGCUUUGAUUACUAAGAUAGGGCUUCAGACUGAGAAAGUGAGCAAGGAAAAGGCCAUUGCUGAUGCGGAGGAGCAAAAGGUAGCUGCCAUCCAAGCAGAAGUAUCUCGGAAACAGAAGGAGUGCGAAGAUGACCUGAUGAAAGCUGAACCUGCUCUGGUGGCUGCUACUGCAGCUUUAAAUACACUCAAUAAGGUGAAUCUUUCUGAACUGAAAGCCUUCCCUAACCCGCCAGUUGUAGUGAUCAACAUUAUGGCUGCAGUAAUGGUUCUACUGGCUAAUAAAGGAAGAGUACCAAAAGACCGGACCUGGAAAGCUGCUAAACUCUUUAUGGGAAAGGUUGAUGAAUUCUUGCAAGCUUUAAUUAACUAUGAUAAGGAGCAUAUCCCAGAGAAUUGCCUCAAAGUAGUCAAGGAACAUUACUUGAAAGACCCGGAAUUCAACCCAAACCUGGUUCGCACCAAGUCAUUUGCAGCGGCUGGUCUCAGUGCCUGGGUUAUCAACAUAGUAAAAUUCUAUGAGGUAUAUUGUGAUGUGGAACCAAAACGUCAAGCAUUGGCCCAAGCAAAUGCUGAACUAGCAGCAGCUACUGAAAAACUGGAAGCCAUUAGGAAAAAACUUUGUGAACUGGAUCUCAAUCUGUCCAAACUUACAACAUCAUUUGAAAAAGCAACAGAAGAGAAAGUUAGAUGUCAAGAAGAUGUUGGCCGAACCAAUAAGACUAUUGAGUUAGCGAAUAGGCUUGUUAAAGGACUUGAGUCUGAAAAGAUUCGCUGGACCCACUCAGUUAAAUCAUUUGAAGCACAAGAAACAACCGUGUAUGGGAAUGUUCUGUUAACAGCUGCCUUUGUUUCUUAUGUUGGAUCCUUUACCAGACUCUACCGUCAAGAGCUAGUAGAGCGUAUGUGGCUUCCAUUCCUGAAAUCACAAAAAAUUCCCAUUCCAAUCAGUGAAGACCUAGACCUGGUUGCCAUGUUGACUGAUGAUGCAAUGAUUGCAGCAUGGAAUAAUGAAGGACUGCCUAGUGAUAGAAUGUCAACAGAAAAUGCUGCUAUUCUAACAAACUGUGAGCGCUGGCCACUUCUGAUAGAUCCCCAGCUACAAGGAAUCAAAUGGAUAAAGAAUAAAUAUGGAACUGACCUUAAAAUCAUACAUCUAGGACAGAAGGGGUUCUUGAAAACCAUUGCAAGAGCAUUAGCUUGUGGAGAUAUUGUCCUGAUUGAAAAUUUGGAUGAAACCAUAGACCCUGUACUUGAUCCUUUGCUUGGAAGAAACACAGUUAAAAGGGGGAAGUAUAUCAAGAUUGAAGACAAAGAAUGUGAAUUCAACAAGAAUUUCCGCCUCAUCCUUCACACUAAACUGGCUAACCCCCACUACAAACCAGAACUACAAGCCCAGACCACUCUAAUUAAUUUCACAGUCACGAGGGAUGGGCUGGAAGAUCAACUGUUGGCGGAGGCUGUUAGUAUUGAGCGCCCUGAUUUGGAGACUGUUAAGUCUCUUCUGACAAAGCAACAGAAUGAUUUCAAGAUUCAGCUGAAGCUCUUGGAGGAUGAUCUGCUGUUUCGUCUUUCUGCUGCUGAGGGCAGUUUUCUGGGAGACACUGAACUGGUGGAGAAGCUUGAGACAACCAAAUCAACAGCUGCAGAGAUAGAGCUGAAGGUGACAGAAGCCAAAGAAAAUGAACUUAAUAUUAACGAAGCCAGAGAACAUUACAGGCCAGCAGCUGCAAGAGCUUCUCUUCUUUAUUUUGUCAUUCAUGAUCUGAGCAAAAUCAAUCCCAUCUAUCAGUUUUCAUUGAAGGCUUUUAACACUGUCUUUCAAAAAGCAAUUGGGAAAGCAGAGGCAUCAGAGGAUAUCCAGGGACGCAUCUCCAAUCUGACAGAGGCUAUUACAUAUUUCACUUUUCUUUACAUAGGCCAGGGACUUUUUGAAAGGGACAAGCUUAUUUUUCUGAGCCAGACAACCUUUCAGAUUCUAUUAAGAAAUAAAGAGAUAGAACAUGCUGAAUUGAAUUUCCUGCUGCGAUUCACAGUUGAACACACUUACAAAAGUCCUGUGGAUAUUUUAACUAAUGAGUCUUGGAGUGCCAUUAAGGCCAUUGCCCUAAUUGAUGCAUUUCGAGGCUUAGAUAGAGACAUAGAAGGUUCUGCCAAGAGAUGGAAAAAAUGGGUGGACUCAGAGUGCCCAGAAAAGGAAAAGCUUCCCCAGGAAUGGAAAAGCAAAACAUCUUUCCAGAAGCUUAUGAUACUAAGAGCAUUACGUCCAGACCGGAUGACAUAUGCCCUGAGAAACUUUGUAGAAGAAAAACUAGGUUCAAAGUAUGUGGACGGUACUAGAACAGACUUGGCUAAAUCCUUUGAAGAAAGCAGUUCAGCUACUCCAGUAUUCUUCAUUCUGUCUCCUGGAGUGGACCCUCUUAAAGAUGUGGAGACACUUGGCAAAAAACUUGGCUUCACAAUCGACUGUGGAAAUUUUCAUAAUAUCUCUUUAGGACAAGGGCAAGAGACUGUUGCAGAUGAGGUAUUGGAGAAAGCUGCCAAACAUGGCCACUGGGUUAUUCUCCAGAACAUACAUCUUGUAGUGAAAUGGCUGGGGACUUUGGAAAAACUUCUGGAAGAACACAGCAAAGGAAGCCACUCAGACUACCGUGUCUUCAUUAGUGCUGAACCCGCUCCAACUCCUGAAGAACACAUAAUACCGCAAGGAAUAUUGGAAAAUUCCAUUAAAAUAAUUAAUGAACCUCCUACUGGUAUGCUGGCAAAUCUUCAUGCUGCUCUCUACAAUUUUGACCAGGAUACACUUGAAUUGUGUGCCAGGGAGCAGGAAUUUAAAAGUCUUUUCUUUUCUCUCUGCUACUUUCACACUUGUGUUGCUGGGAGGCUCAAAUUUGGGCCUCAAGGAUGGAAUCGAAGAUAUCCUUUUAAUGUGGGAGAUCUCACCAUCUGUGUCAACAUCCUCUACAACUAUCUAGAAGCAAACACUAAAGUUCCCUGGGAAGACCUGCGCUAUCUCUUUGGUGAGAUUAUGUAUGGUGGACACAUCACUGAUGACUGGGACCGCAGACUCUGUCAAACAUAUUUAGAAGAAUUCAUGAGCCCUUCCCUGCUUGAAGGAGACUUUGCUUUGGCUCCAGGUUUCCUGGCUCCUCCCAAUUUGGAUUACAUUGGAUACCACAAGUACAUAGAUGAAAUGCUGCCACUUGAAAGCCCUGUGCUCUAUGGCCUCCAUCCUAAUGCUGAGAUAGAUUUCUUGACGGUUCUGACUGAUACCCUCUUCAAAACCCUUUUGGAAAUGCAGCCCAGAAAUGUGCUUGCUGGGGAAGUAGCAGGACAGUCAGCAGAAGAAAAGGUGAAAAAUGCCCUGGAUGAGAUCUUGGAAAAACUGCCCGAAGAGUUUAACAUGGCUGAAAUAAUGCAGAAGUCUACUGUGCGAAACCCUUAUGUCCUUGUUUGCUUCCAAGAAUGUGAGAGGAUGAAUAUUCUUAUUCGAGAGAUACAGAGGUCACUUAAGCAGCUAGACCUUGGUCUAAAAGGUGAACUGACAUUUUCUCCUGCAAUGGAAGCUUUGCAGUCAUCGCUCUUUUAUGACCUGGUUCCAGAUGCAUGGACCAAACUGGCUUACCCAUCCACUUACAGCCUUGCUCAAUGGUUUAACGAUCUCCUCAUGCGAUGUCGAGAACUCGAUACCUGGACACAAGAUCUUGUGCUUCCCGCUGUGGUGUGGCUUUCUGGCUUCUUUAACCCUCAGUCUUUUUUGACUGCCAUCAUGCAAAGCAUGGCACGGAAGAACAACUGGUCUCUGGAUAAGAUGUGUCUCACAACAGAUGUCACCAAAAAAGCCAGAGAUGACUAUGGUCACCCACCAAGAGAAGGAGCAUAUAUUUUUGGACUUUUUAUGGAAGGAGCCAGAUGGGAUAUCCAAGCAGGAGUCAUAGUUGAAGCCCGUCUGAAGGACCUAACUCCAGCGAUGCCCGUCAUCUUUGUAAGAGCAAUUCCAGUGGACAGACAAGAAACCAAGCACAUUUAUAAAUGCCCAGUGUAUAAAACUAAAAUUAGAGGGCCCACCUAUGUCUGGACUUUUAACCUGAGAAGCAAAGAAAAGCCAGCCAAGUGGGUGAUUGCAGGAGUAGCCUUGCUCCUGGCAGUUUAGCAAAACAACUGCACCAUUCCAUCCUGGCCUUUGUUCACAUAAGCCGAAAGUGGCAGAGCUCUGCUCACAUUUAAAUCAUGUAUAUUACUCUGUCAAAAUGUUAUUGCUUCAAGUAGCACAAGCAGCCCUCAAGAUAGUAGCACAUUUCUGUUUGUUUAAUAUCAAAGCUGUGUAUCUAUAAUAUACAGCACAUAAAAUGUAACAGUACAUAAGCACCUAUAAUCCAAGUCCCGAAGCAGAUAAGUAAUUCACUGCAUUCAACUCUGUGCACAACUUAUAAUAUUUCAAAAAAAAAAAAAAGAAGAAGAAGAAGAAGAAGUUAUUACAGUCCAAGGCUACAAUAGGUUUUUAAAAAAUCUUCUCUUAAAAAUAGAUAUCUUGGAAAAUAUGACUCUUUCUGUUCAUUUUAGCAUCAGUAUAGACAUAUCAAAAUAAAGUGUAGGUUAAAUACUCCAGUGUAUAAAGUAGUCGUCUUAUUGCCCCAAUCAACUAGCUGUGACAGCCAGUGUACUGCAUCUGGAAACAAAUUGACACCACCAUGAGUAAUGGGCGAAGACCACACCUCCUCCUCCUCCCCCCAUGGCCCCAUUGGCAUUGUGUCUUGUUGGCUUUUAUCCAGGUUUUUUGGUGACUUCAAAUAUUAUAUUUAACGCAAAUCAUAAGCAUCCUGUUGAAGUAAAUUCUGAUUAGAAUAUGCCAAUUUCUUGUUUGUUUGGAUUUCAGAGGUAAAACUACAUAUUACAUUAAGCCCCUCCUUGGUAAUGAUGGGCUGAACUAUUCUUUUUAAAAUAGCAGUUGCUCAAGGGAUCCAGACUGGGGUUGCUGUGGGGCAGGGAGAGAAAAGAGGUUUUAUCCUGUGUCCCCCCACCAACACUGUUUUUAAAGAAAAGCCCAGUUAAUGGCAGGCUUAAUGCAGCAUGUAACUUAGCCCCUUCAAUUCUUGAAAGGAGGGCAUGAAGUUCCAGAGAUGUACAGGCGUCUCAGGAAGGCAGAGCCUCUCCCACCUCAUCAGUCUAGUUACAUACAACCAGCAGAGGAACCACACUGGUUUGCGUAGAUCCUCUACUAUCCACAAUAUGGAUCACAUUGUGGUCCAUACGGUAUGAUCAAUGGGUAUGUGGGUGUGACUGAUACCCCACUUUCCCAAACUGAUCUGGGAAGAACUACUACUUUAUUCUAUAUUAAUUUCAAAUGGAUCCUGUAUUGGAUUAAUGCACCAGUCUUUUUAAUGGAGCAGGAAGCUGCACACCACAUGUCUUCCUGGAAGAAUAUCACAGCUCUCCCGUGGAAGAGAUGGUUCAUGCCAAGUUGGUGUGGGAAGGGGAAGAAGGUAGGACACAUCUGAAAGUGGGAGAAUCAUUCAAAAACUCUGAGGAAUAGUGAUAAAAAUUAAUAUGACAUUUCAAUUUUGGGAUGGAUUUGUUUGUUUUUGCUUAAGAUGCCCAUGAAACAGAUCUGUUUGGGUUGAGAAAGAAUGCAAAUAAUAGGAAGCUGAUAGUAGGAAACUGUGUCACUAAAAAUAAAAGAUUGAUCCAGCUUUAGAUUGCUAACAGCUAAGAGAGUAAUUUAAAAUAUUUUAAAGCAAUAGAGCAAUUGUUCAACAGGCUUGGCAUUAACCACUCACAGCUGGAGUUUGUUUCUAGGCAGCACAAUCCACAGGUACUUCUCCUGCACAGAUCCCAAUACAAUGAAUGGAAGCUCCAUUUAUUUCAAUAAGGCUUUCUCAGAAGAAAUUUCCAGUGGCAAAAAAUGUAUACCAUGGGGAUUCCUUUUACAGAGUUCUCAAACUUGCAUCUGUAGAUGAUGUUGGACUAGAACUCCUACUACUAGGAGGCCAUCACCAAAGGCUAUUGAGAACAUCAGAACAUCCUUUCUGGAUCAGGCCCAAGGCCUAUCUGGUCCAGCAUUCUGUUUCCCACAAUGGUCCACCAGAUGCCUCUGGACAAGAUAUUGGGGCUGGGGAUGAUGGAAAUUAUAGUUCAACAACACCUGGGGACCCAAGUUUGAGAACCCCUGUUUUCCUGAGAAAUCUUUGCAAUACAUACAUCAAUUUUUAAAAGUAAAUCACUUCUGCCCUACCUUUCUAUACUUUAUACACAUCAUUGUAAUAAAACUUUAGAUCUUCAACUCUGAUUUUAAAAAGUUUAAAAAAAAAGUCGAGAUGUUAUGAAUCUGGCAAAGCUACAUCCAGGUGUUUAGUUGUCUUCAGCAAGUUGCUUUUGCAGGCUGGAAAAGGAAAAAGCAAAGAUACUGCCUUCAGCCUUUUUAGAUGUUUAGUAAAAUGAUUAUUAUCAGCUAUGUAAUAUAUAUCUCAGAUUAACCUUAUUAAAAUAUGUUGCUACAACCAGUGCAUGGCAGCAUAAAGCACAUUUAAAGUGGCAAAUGAUAAAACUUCCAACACAUAUCUUUCAAAACAGAGGCUCAUGAUUACUCCUUCCCUCACUCUUGCUUUAACUUCUGCAAUAGAAUACAUGCUUUGACAUGAAUUGUCUCUACGUAUUGUAUCUCACCCAUUUGUGUUGGAUGCAUGAUUUCUGCUUGGGAUGCAAUAAAAAUGUGUGAACACUUUUUUGUGUGAACAUGAAAUGUAGGUGUUACAAAAUCUGGGAGUUAACAGGAAGUGCAAAUGGUUUGUGUUUCCUGUUCCAUUUGUUGUAACAUCUACAGUUACUCAGAGUUUCAGGGAACCUGGACUAUGGAAGAAAUACAGAUAGGCCAGUUACAUCCAGCUGAUCUAAUUAAUAGGAGUUUCACCUUUAUUCUUAAACAGUGAAGUCAGUAUAGAGGACCUCCUGGCUUAUAAUUCAAUGUGUACUUAAUAGAUAAUUCCUUAAAUAUUCUGAAUGCAA